GGUCACAGCUAAAACAAGACCGUUCGAAGGUACAUCGACCUUGGUCGAUCCCGAGUUUUCUUCGUUUUUUAAUACAAAACUGAAGGAUUCACACACAGUUGUUGAAUAUAUGCUACAAGCUAGCACCGCUACUGAGAUACUUCCAAGUAUUAAAAGGAAGCUAAUUUUAGAAUACGCCUCCUUUGUGGUUAUUGUGACAACGUGUUUUUAUAGGGAACAAGCUUUACAUUCCGCGCAAUAUUUAUCUUGAUUGAGUGUGAUGGGGUUUUUCCAGGGUAUCAUUCUACGCUACGCCUACAACACUUUCAGACAUGAUGGAGUGUCGAAAACUACAGAUAUUUGUCCUAUUCUUGGCUAUAUGCAGCCUAACAUUUCAUGUGGCAAGCACCCAAGAGGAGGAAGAAAGUCAAGAAGCUGAAGAUGCCAAUGUUGAAGAACCAGAGAAGGAGGCAUUUGAUGUUGAGGAAGAAGAUGAUGUCCUUGUAUUGAAUGCUGACAAUUUUGACGACGUUGUAAAUGAUGCGGACAUCAUUCUUGUGGAAUUUUAUGCUCCAUGGUGUGGUCAUUGCAAGAGGUUGGCCCCAGAGUAUGCUGCUGCUGCCCUUGAAAUGAAAUCUGGUACUCCACCUGUACCCUUUGCCAAGGUGGAUGCUACAGAGAGUUCAGAGCUGGCUUCUCGCUUCGAGGUCACCGGGUACCCGACCUUGAAGAUCUUCAGGAAGGGCAAACCUUUUGCCUAUGACGGACCAAGAGAAAAGGAUGGUAUUGUGCAAUAUAUGAAGAAGGAAUCUGAUCCUAAUUGGACCCCGCCUCCAGAAGCUGUUCUUACCCUGACUUCAGAAAACUUUGAUGAUACUGUCAACGAAGCAGACCUCAUUCUGGUUGAAUUCUAUGCUCCAUGGUGCGGACACUGCAAGAGGCUUGCCCCAGAAUUGGAAUCGGCUGCCCAAGCCCUCCAGAACAACAAUCCACCCAUCCCUAUAGCGAAAGUAGAUGCCACUGCAGAGAGUGACCUGGCCACCAGGUACGAUGUGAGCGGAUAUCCGACACUCAAAAUCUUCAGGAAGGGCAAAGAUUUUGAAUUCAGUGGACCCAGAGAAUCAAAAGGUAUUAUCCAGUACAUGAAGAAACAAGUUGGUGACAGUUCUCAGCUCCUUGGCUCUGUGAAAGCUCUUCGAGAGUUCCUUGCUCAUCAGGAUGAUGUCAGCAUUGUUGGUUUCUUCAACAAUGAUCAAGAUGCUCUCUACACUACAUAUCUCGAUGCAGGCAACGGACUGAGGGAUGAUUACAGGUUUGCCCAUGUCUUUGAUCAGGAAUCCCGAGAUAGUUAUAAGGUCAACGCUCCAUCGGUCCUUGUGUUCCUUCCAGAGCGUUUCAGAUCCAAGUAUGAGCCAUGGAGACAAGUGUUCUCACAGGCUGAUGGUAGUGUCAAAGACCUUGAGAAUUUCUACAAAGAGCACGACGUCCCACUGGUAGGCCAGAUGACAAAAGCGAAUCGAGAAAAGCGUUACACGGACCGCCCUCUACUGUUGGCUUUCUACUCGGUGGAUUGGAGUUUUGAUCACAGAGUUGCCACUGAGAUCUAUCGUCAAAAAAUUGUUGAGGUUGCUAAAGACAAGGAAUUUGAUGAGCUCCUCUUUGCCAUCGCCGAUGAGGAUGAAUUUGCGAAUGAGAUGAAGCAGCUUGAGCUCGAUGACAGCGGUGAGGACAUCAACGUUGGGAUAUUUGGGGCUGAUGGACUGAAGUACAAACUGGAACCGGAGGAUGAGUUUGAAUCAGAAGUUCUCAGGGAUUUUAUCAGAUCGUGGCAGAAUGGUGACAUAAAACCUGUCAUCAAGUCCCAGCCCAUUCCAAAGAAAUCCAAAGCAGCUGUCAAGACCGUCGUCGGGAAAACAUUCGAGAAAAUCGUCCUGGAUAAGUCAAAAGACGUCCUUAUUGAGUUUUAUGCACCGUGGUGCGGACAUUGUAAAAAAUUAGAGCCGGAAUACAAGAAAUUAGGCAAGAAAUAUGCAAACACCAAGAACCUAGUCAUCGCUAAGAUGGACGCUACUGCCAAUGAUAUAUCAAAUCCAGCGUACUCAACCACAGGAUUUCCAACAAUUUAUUUCUCAAAAGCAACAGAUAAGAACAAUCCUGUCAAGUUUGAAGGCGGCGAUAGGUCAGUAGAAAAAUUUAGUGAAUUUAUCGAGGAGCAUGCUACAGUAGCACAGCUUCAAGACAGAGAUGAGUUAUAAUGUGCCUAUUUGUUUUAUUUUGUUAAGUCUCUUAAGGUUAUGUCUGAUUUCUUUGCUUGUUUUACAUUCAUUUCAGCGGUGAUUGACUUUUUCUACUAUCAAACUUGAUGAAAUCAGUUUUUAGAUUAUUUAUUUCAUUUGCCUGUGGUUUGUACAAUUUUGGGUACUUGGUGGAAAUGUGUUUCAGAUUAUCAGUACAGUGAUUUUAAACAGUGGAGAUUAAUACAUAUACCUGCUGAAUUGUAUCCCAUUCUCAACAAGAUGUGUACAACUUUUUACACAAGAAUUUUUCUUUUUAGUCAUCAUUUGUAUCACUACAUGUGUGUGCCACCUUUAUAAAGUUUAUAUACGUUACAAAUGUAAGAAAUAUACAAUAGCCAUCACACUCAUAUUAUUCUUUCACUCUGUUAACAUACUUAUUUCAGGAACAGAAAGUAAUAAACAUCAUCUGAAAUAUAUAUAUUUCAUGUUCACAAUUUAUUUGCAUCAAUAUUAUAUCAAAUGGUAAGAAUGUAUGUUUAAUGUUAAUAAAUGAAUUAUCAGGAAUACACUUAGCCUGUGUACAUAUGGUAGCAAUAUUGUAUCGUUAACAUGACAGUGGAAAUUCACAAAUAUCAUUUGUUUAAAGUUAAUAUAAAAUUAAUCCAAAACACGGCAAAAUUUUCCCUGAGCCUUUGAAGUACCAUUCACAAGCCUUUGUAUGCACUGAUACAGAUUUAAGUGAAAUGUUUUAAUGAUAGCUGAAAGGGAUUGUAUUUCAAUACUUCUUCCUUGUUAACUAGAGCUAAAUGUUGGGUUUUUCCCCAUCUAUUGGCAAAGAUAGGGGGAAAAUUACAAUGUUAAGUGAUUGUCAUUAUUUUGUACAUCUUACAAAAAUAUUUGUAUUUGUCAAAAUCCACCGAGAAUUUUUGAUAAAAUUUAGUUCCACCUCAUAACCAGCCACAAUAUAAUGGUAUUGAAAGUAUAUAAAAGUUAAGAAUAAAAUAUUCACAGAAGAAUGAAGAAAAUCACAGUUAUUGAAUAUGAUAGAAUUAAAAACAAGAUACACAAAGAGGAAGCAACACUCACUGAAUUACAAAUGUCACCACGUUAACCCAUCUUUAAAAGGUGCACAGAUCAAGUUAAUGACUUCAUAUUUUACAGGCAUAUGCAUUAGUUGAGAAGGGCUUUCCUCUAAUCCUUGUUCUGACCACAUGCCAGUAACAUAAAUAUUUUUUUCAUUUUUGGUACAUUUUGGGGUAAAUUGCCACUUGGUGUUGGUGUACAACUACUUUGUCUCUCUGAUUAAAUGAACUGUUAAGGUACCCAAUCUUAAUUUUUUAAAGCGGUAAAUAAUAUGUAGACAAAUUGACUAAGUGGGUAUUGGACUAAUUGGCCCGUAUUCUUAAGUCGGGUUUAACUUAGACCAUGUCUAACUCUGUGCUAAAAUUAUGAGAAGCCAGACGUUUCAAAAUUUUGUUUACAGUGAUUGCUUCUUAUGUUUACUGUGGUCUUUACUAAUUCUUUAAUGGUGAAGACUGUCAUACUUAUCCUUCCCAGGUAGUUAAUGUUUUGGGAGUCAAAUGAGCUGAUUGAACCUCUACUGUUAGAAAUAUAUGUAACAACUGGCUUUCCAUAGUUAAACUACAACUUUAAACCAGUGUUUAAUUUAAACCCGAGUUCAGAAUACGGGCCACUGGGUUUAGCCGACUAAUUGGGUUUGGCCCAUGUAGUAUAAGAGUGUCUCAGAAUUAGACGAAGUACUUGUAGACCAAGUGAAUCUUACCCAUUUUUAUACCCUUUUGUUUUAUUUAUUUUGUGGGGGAAAAUUCUUCCCAUAUUGAUUUACAAUGCAUUACAUGUACAUUGUGAGCAAUUUUCUCAUCCAAAAUACCGGUACUUCUUUAUAAAAAUUCGUUAAACAUUUUAGGAACAAUUGUAUUGUUUGAGAAAUCUAUUUUUUGUAUGUAUAAAAAAAAUUACUGCCAAAGUGAUGAAGAUACCAUAUUUGUAUUAUUAUCUCAAAAUAAGUACUGAUUUUCUUAGUUCACUUCACUUAUAUCUAUAUCUUUGGUAAGGUUAUCUUUGGAGCAAAAUUAUCUAAAUUUCUGUGUUAUGAAGGGGUAGGAGGUCUGCUAUUGUAAUUUCUUUCUUUUUUCAGAAAAAAAAGGAUAUUUUGUCUCUUCAGGGUUAAAAGUUUAUGGAGUCACAAAAUAUCAUUCCUUCCAAAUAGUGAAUUGGACUUAACGAGUUAACACAUUCCACUUUUGAAAUGUCACACUGACUUGAUGUUAUGUCAAAGUAUUUCUUAUCAAUGCCAACAGUGAAAAUGUGAUCACAUUUGUAGUUAUGUAAAGCAAUAAUUAGCACAUGAUGAUGUGCAAAAAUUAAUAAAUAUAUUUGAUUGGUUGGUUAACUUAA